AUGUAUGACUACAAUGGCUUCGCUACCACCACGGAAACCGAUCACAGGCCUUGGAUAUGGGUUGCGAGCCUGCUGGCGAUGAUAUAUAGCUUGCUAUGUCUGGCAGCAAGAUUUACUGGAAAAUGGGACCUCCUAUGGUGGGAUGAUGUGGUUUUGAGCUCUGGCUAUUUGGCGGCCAUUGUGCAUUGGGGAUUGCUGUUCCAGGGGUUAAUAGAUGGAGUGGGACUUUCUUCACUCGUUCUCUCGAGCUCGGAGUUGGACAAUGCAGCCAGCCUGUACUUCGGAUCACGAAUCCCAUACUUCCUGGCGCAUUGCUUAGCCAAGCUGUCAAUGCUCAUCUUUACUCGGCGCAUAUUCGCGGGAGAUUUCUACAGGGAGAACAUCUUCUUCGGCGCCUCGUAUGGCUUCGCCAUCCUCUACGGCGUGCUAGCCAUCUUGCUAAGCUCUGCCGGCUGUCAACCCACUGAAACACUUGCGCCAAGGACCGACGCGGUUUGCAAUGCCAACACUGCGAGAUGGGCUAUCAUCACCUUAUUCGACGGCCUCACCGAGCUCAUCAUCCUAGCUAUGCCGAUCUGGUUUAUCGGCAAGAACCAGCUCAAAGCCUCCAAGAAGCGCAUCGUGAUCUUCGUCUACAGCUUCAGGCUGGUCGUAAUUGCGUUCUCGAUCACCACAACAGCCUCAUACUUCAACUUCCUCCACGACGGUCGAGACAGCAUCGACAUCUCGCCGGUUCUGGCUUGGCAAGAAGUCCUUCUAGCCUUCUCGCUAAUCUCAGCCUCAUUUCCAUGCCUAAGGAGCUUUUUAUGGGCUUUCAUGUCCAGAGGUCUGAUGACCAUGUACGGAAACACGACAGCAUCGGCAAGCGACCCGAGAUCACACACGGGAAGCAUGCCGCUCCGAUCGAUGAACAAAUCACAUGUCUCGCGAAACGAGUCAGAAGCAGGGUUGAGCACCAAAGAGGGUCGUCUGAGGCUACGCCCGGAACGAAGCGAGUACCACGUUGACAUUCGAGGAGAUUCCGCACGAGGACAAAACAGAUCCACGACCGACCCCAAUCCGGCGAGAAGAUCUGAUGACUCGCACCGGAUGAUCAUCAGCAUGGAGACAUCAUAUCGCGUGGAAAGCUCAUGA